AUGCACAAGUUUAUGCAAGGCCUUAAAAGCUAUUAUCGCAUGAACUGGACUGAGUUUGUCAGAGAUGUCAAGAAGUUCUAUAAAGCAGACAAGGAUGACAAGUCGUUCAUGAUACAUUACGACUAUAACUACUAUUUCUGGAUUAAAAUUCCUGAGUUCUUCAGGACCAAACUAGAAUCAAGGCUAGUUGGACUGAACCCUCAUCAUAACCUGGCCAACCCCUUUCCAGUUGAAGAUGAUUGUCUCAUAUCUGAACCAGAAUCAGGAAACUCUAACUCAGCCUCUACCACAGAGGAUUCAGACUCUGACUCAGAUGAUGAUGAGCUGUCAGAAGGGGAUUAUUAUGUCAAGAGAAAGAAAUUCAAGAAGCAUAGUAAUAGGCAAACAUCUAAAAAACAUGACAGAAAGCAGAAGAAGAUGAAGACCAAGAAAUCUAGGAGGACUGUUAGAUUUGAGAAGGCCUCUGCUAAAAACGAGUCUGAUAGUGAUUCAGACACUUCUCCUGCUCGACCUUCACAUUUUAGAAUACUUGUCAGAAGCCUAACAGAGGAUGAUCCCGAGGUUGAAGAGCUUAUCAAACAGCUAAGAAACAUGUCCAUUAAUGAUCCUGCUUAUGCAGUCACCUAUUUCAAAGCAUGCAAUCGAAACCCUCUUGUCAAGAAUUGUGUUACUGCUCCUCUUGAUAAGAAGCGGCCUCUUAGAUCAAUUCAGAGGACCUUUGAACGAGACCCACCACCUUAUCUGGCAGAAGUAGCCCCAGGGUACAUUCCUCCACCCAUCAAUAGAAAUUGCUAUGGAUGUGGCGGAGUUGGACAUGACAUGAACAGGUGCCAGCAGCUUCAGGAAUUCUUCACGCAAGGAGUCAUUAAGCGAAAUAAAGAUAACAGGAUAGUCCUUAGUAACGGAGGCCAGCUCUUCAGGAAAUCUGAUGAAGACUGGGUCACAGCUAUUAAACAAGCUAUGACUCCAUCAAGUAAUUUCAUCUCCUUCCAGGAUGGUCAAUUUCAAGAUACAGACGGCAAAGAUGAGCAAGAUAUGAGGGCUCAUUAUUUUAGCUGCAAGUCAGAUGAAGACUACGCUGAUAAUGAGUACGACCAAGUUUUCAAUGCUGCUUGUCCUGAAAAGAAAAUUACAGCAGCAUGCAAAGAACAGUUUGAUGGUGUAUGGAUAUCUUCGCACAGAGAACUAAAAGAGAGAAGGAAGGGUAAAAAUCUUCCACCUGCCCCUCCUUGGCAAGAACCCCCUAGAGAAGCUCGUAAGACAGCAAAUGCACCUAGAAUUCCAGUGCCUACACCUGCCCCAAAUCCAAUCCCCAUUGAAGUUCAUCAGCCUGUUUCAAUUAACGUCAAUAAUGAUGAUGCUUUUAUGGAGGAUGCAACUCAACCACCUAAGUCUAAGGUUGAUAAAGGAAAGCAACAGACCACCCCUUUCAAAGAUAGGACCAAUGCCCAAGCUGGUCCCUCAGGAACUCAGAUCCAAGCUGAUCCUUCUGGUACUAAGACAGAUGAAGAGGCAGCUCAGCGAAAGCCCUGUCGGUCUGAGUUGCAGACCAUUGUGAAUCCCAAAAGUGUCAUGGACAAGCUGCUAAAUACUCAAAUUACUAUGGCCAUGGAAGAAUUUUUGGCAGAUGUCAUUCAUCCCAAGAAUGUCCCUGUAAAAGCCAAGGGAAUUGACAAAGCUAUGGUUGCGCAGUACACUUGGUUAGAACAGCCUAUGUAUGUGGCCCCAAAGUGCAUGACAGCUUCAGCCUUUCCAAGUAGGCACAAGAGUCAGCUUAUCAAUGUCAGAGUUGAAUGCGAUGGCAUGCCCAUUACAGCUAUCGUGGACACAGAAUCCCAGCUUAACAUCAUUUAUGAGAAAGUCUGGACAAUGUUAAUUGGAAGGCUCAUGGAUGUCACUCGAUGCAUUGUCAUGGGCGAUGCCAAUGGUGAAGAAGGUAUCUUGCAAGGAUUUGUCCCUGGUGUACCCCUAAUAUGUGGUAUGAUAACUACACACACAAGUUUAUUUGUUGGAGACAAGGCGCCAUUUAAUCUGUUGCUUGGAUGCUUCUGGCAGCGCGGCAACUACGUCAGUAUUGAUGAGCAGCCAGAAGGGACAUACUUGCAAUUUAAGGACCACAACUUCGCUGUACGCUACAAGAUGCUAGCCACACCCAAAGAAAGCUUGGACUCAGUGUUGCUUGAGUACCUUGAGCGAACCCACCACAUGAUCAGCAUGGUCACAGAUGGCGAAGUAGCAGAUAGUUUGGACAAAGACGACACUGAAUGCCAAGAGACAUGUAUUGAUCAAAGUACAAAGAAAUCACGGCCAAAAAAUGAAGUAUCUACCAAGCUCCAGAAUGUAAAACAACAGCCUGGACAAUAUAGCGAUGAGGAAAGCAUUGAUACGGUGAGAGAAGACUCAUCUAGUAGCACCGAGCAACUUGAGUAUGAUAGCAACGGAAGCAACAGUAGCUAUGCCAGCAGCAACAGUGAGAUAUUGCACUGGCUGGACUUAGACAAUGCUGAGAAAGAGGGUUCAGAAGAUUCAGAUGAAUGCGACUCACCUAGUCCCUCAACACAACACCACGAAAGCAAAAACAAAUCAUCCGGCGCUAAUACACAAAGCAGCGACAGCUGA